AGUGACGCGCCUGUCUGUCAGCCGAGCCGUAGAACAAGAUGGCGGACUCCUUAGCAGCGGCUCAGGGAGAGGAGAACGAACCGGAGAAAGAAGGCAAGGAGAGACGGAUGGAGGGAGGUAGUGAGAGCCGGGGGUCGAAGGAGACCUCCGAGGUGACGGAGACGCUGGGGUUUUACGACAAGAAGAAAGUCCAGAAGGACAAGAAACGGAGUCUGUCUGAUCUGUCCCUAGCGAGGUUCAUGGGGGCGGAGCUGACCCGAGGAUACUUCCUGGAACACAAUGAGGCUAAAUACACAGAAAGACGAGAGAGGGUCUAUACCUGCCUCCGGAUCCCCAAGGAACUAGAGAAGUUGAUGCUGUUUGGGUUCUUCCUGUGUCUGGAUGCCUUCCUGUACGUCUUCACCCUGCUGCCUCUCAGAGUUCUAUUGGCCCUCGUCCACCUACUGACCCUACCCUGCUGUGGUCUGAGUGGGUCUCCUCUCCUCCAGCCAGCCCAGGUCUGUGAUGUGAUGAAGGGUUUCAUCGUGGUGUUAUGUUACGUCAUGAUGAGCUACGUGGAUUACAGCAUGAUGUAUCACCUGAUCAGAGGACAGUCUGUCAUCAAACUCUAUAUUAUCUACAACAUGCUGGAGGUGUUCUCUUCGUUUGGUCAGGACAUUCUGGACGCUCUCUACUGGACUGCUACAGAACCUAAAGAGAAGAAGAGAGCUCAUAUAGGAGUUGUUCCCCACUUCCUCAUGGCUGUUCUAUAUGUCUUUCUUCAUGCUAUCCUCAUCAUGGUUCAGGCCACUACUCUGAACGUUGCCUUCAACUCUCACAACAAGUCUCUACUCACCAUCAUGAUGUCUAACAAUUUCGUGGAGAUCAAAGGAAGUGUGUUUAAGAAGUUUGAGAAGAACAACCUCUUUCAGAUGUCUAACAGUGGUGAGUACAGCUACCCCUGACCUCUGACCCCUUGGCGCCCUUCUGACCCCCUGACGCUUCUGUAUG